CUGCCGUUUCUCUUCCCCGCCCCCAGGGGCUGCGCCGCUUCCUCCGGAGCUUGGGAACCUUGGACGUGGCGAGGCGGUCGAAGGAGCGUCGUACAAAGAGGUCCCUCGGGCGGACCUUCUGCGCCAAAGUCCAGCCAGGGAGCGCCGACGCAUCUUUCCAGGUACACCGCACCGCUGGCGGAGGCCUACUGCGCGCGCGCCGAGGCCUUAGCGGGACGCCACACCUGGGUGGGCAGGGGCGGCUCGCGCACGCGCGCCGCGGUGCCUGCGGGCUGUGGGGAGCGGAGCGGGGCGUUGUGUGUCACUACCAGGGAGCGCUGUCGCUGGCGUGGCGCCAUUCCCGCGGCUUCUCUGCUCCGGCUCAGCUCCGGGCGGGGCGAGAGGAUGGCUUCGGAGAUGGAGUCAUCGCUGGAGGUCAGCUUCUCGUCCAGCUGUGCGGUGUCAGGAGCGUCUGGGUGUUUGCCUCCCGCCCGCUCCCGCAUCUUCAAGAUCAUAGUGAUCGGCGAUUCGAACGUGGGCAAGACGUGCCUGACUUACCGCUUCUGCGCCGGCCGCUUCCCCGACCGCACCGAGGCCACGAUCGGGGUAGACUUCCGAGAGCGAGCCGUGGAUAUUGAUGGAGAGCGCAUCAAGAUCCAGCUGUGGGACACCGCGGGACAGGAGCGGUUCAGGAAGAGCAUGGUCCAGCACUACUACAGGAACGUGCAUGCUGUCGUCUUCGUGUAUGACAUGACCAACAUGGCGAGCUUCCACAGCCUGCCGUCUUGGAUAGAGGAGUGCAGACAGCAUUUGCUGGCCAACGACAUCCCUCGCAUUCUGGUGGGAAACAAGUGUGACUUGAGAAGCGCCAUUCAGGUGCCCACAGACUUGGCCCAGAAGUUUGCCGACACACACAGUAUGCCUUUGUUUGAGACCUCUGCCAAGAACCCCAAUGACAAUGACCACGUAGAAGCUAUAUUCAUGACGCUGGCUCAUAAGCUAAAGAGCCACAAGCCAUUGAUGCUUAGCCAGCUGCCUGAGAACAGAAUUAGCCUGAAACCUGAGACAAAGCCUGCGGUGACUUGCUGGUGCUAAGUCAUAGGCGUGGCCAUCACAGCCUGACUACCUGAAGACAAGCUUGUGAAGUGUGACCGGGAUUCAGUAAACCUCGGAGUGAUUGAGUAAAUCUCACUGUAAUGGAGCAUCCUGCUGUUAGUGUCGGUUUCGAUGCCUUUUGUGUUUUGCAUUCUCUUAAUCAAGUUUGUCACUGCGACCACACACGAAAAAGGCUGUGUACCGCAGAGAUUGAAAACGAAGCAAAGGCGAGACCACCAGGCCAUCUUUCCAGUCCCAGCCGGAUGCAGCAGCUUCAAGGGAGCCUGAUGGAACUUAAAGGGUCUGUCAUGUUCCUCUCUGUGUCCCUGGAGCAGCAAAAGACAUGCUGGGUAGUGCACACAUGCAGAGCCAAGCUGGGGGAGCUGCGAGUUAAUAGGGCGCUUUAGUUACUCCGUAUCUUUAAGCACUCAAAACUAAUGAAAAGAAAGCAAGCAGUUGUAACAGGCGUUUACUUUAGCCAUGACAUUUAAUGGAAAUAUCAGAUAUGUAAAAGCUGGUUUCUGGUGCCCCUUGUCCCCUGUUCCCAGUUGGUUGGGUGACGCGGAGCUGGUUUCAGUCAACAUCCAUUUGGCUGGGGACUCUAUGUGUAUUCCUGUAAUAAUAUUGUUGGAUGAGUGGGGUUUUUUGUUUUGUUUGUUGUUAUUUUGGGGUUUUUUUGUUUUUUGUUUUUUUGUUUUUUUUGAGACAGGGUUUCUCUGUGUAGCCCUGGCUGUCCUGGAACUCACUCUGUAGACCAGGCUGGCCUCGAACUCAGAAAUCCACCUGCCUCUGCCUCCCAAGUGCUGGGAUUAAAAGCAUUCGCCACCACUGCCUGACCAUUGGAUGAGGUUUUUAAAGGCAUGAAUUUUAUGACCUUGUUAUAAAAAUUGGUAAACCAACCUCUCCUUGGCAUAAAAAAAUGAGUUAAAUAUUGAAAAAUAUCUUACCUGUCCCUCAAUGAUGAAAGAAAAAUAUCUUACCUGUCCCUCAAUGAUGAAAGAAAUGGUUUAGAAAGUUCCCCCCCCCCAAGUACUUGCAGUUUGAAUUUAAGACUUUGCACAACAAAUAGCACAUUUACAUAUGAAGGAGUUGGCAGAGCCGAGCAGUGUGGCAGUGUGUAAGCGAGGCCAGCCUAUGGCUACACACCCUCACUCUGACAGCUUACAACCCUUGGCAAUUUUAGAGGAAAUGAAGCCAAACUAUGUCUUACUUAAAUAAUUUCAUAAUGUGGGAAACAAAUAUAAUCCAACCUAGUUUCAGAUUUUUGUUUCAUUAUUCUGAAGGUCCCAACUGGACAAUUCAGUUAUGAAAGCAAAAUUUUUCUAUUUAAUAAAGUGAAAAUAACUUAAGGGAUGAUUGUACAAUUUAAAUAUUAGUUCAGGAAAUACAGUGGAGUGAAGAUUAGGGCCCAGGUUGGCUUUCUUUGUAUUAGAAAGAUCUUUCUUUGGUUCUUUCUUUUUUUCUUUUUUCUUUUAAUACAAGGUCUCUCUUUGUCAGCCUGACUGGCCUGGGACCAGGGUGGCCACAGACGCACAGACAGUGACCUGCCCUGCCCCCUGCUCCAGCUGCUGGGGAUUGAAGGCUUCUGCCACCAGGACUAGACCAAUACAUUCUCCUUAAUCAUGCUAGAAUUAGAGAUGAAAGAUUGCCUUCUACCUAAAGACCUACUGACCUGUGAACUGGCUUCCUAGUGACACAUAAUGGUGGCCGUGGCCGGAGGGAGGCUGGAGAUGUCACAGAGGCGUGUCUGUUUACUGUUCUUCAACCCUGCACACGGGGAAGGGCUGAGAUGUUCUCUAAGCAUGUCUGUGGUUUUCUUCUACUGUUUCAGUACUGUUUUCUCAGAACUGCUAAUUAAUAAUUUUUCUUUUUAAAGUAACUUUUCUUAAUGAGCAUUCUUUACAAUUUUGUGAAAAGCACCAUUUUUUCAUUUUAGUAUUUAUUAAUCAAAACAUAUUUGUAUCUCAUUUGUACCAACCUACCACUUUAGUUUUUAUUUUUUUAUUUGAAAAAAAUACCCAUCAGAUGACCAAGAACAACCCUUUAGACUAGUCCAGAGUGUUUGUUAAGCACUUUAUGGAGUGUUGAUAUUACUUUCAAAUUGAUGGUGAGUUGACAGCUAGUUAUUUUUUUAAGCACACAUCACACAGUUUGUACAUCUGUGGUUUUAUUUUGUCUGACAUUUAAUUGGAAGUGUCAGAUGUUUUAGAAAAAAAUGUUAAUUUGCGAACAGCAAAGCAAGCUCCUUUGGCGUCUCUUGCGGUUAUCUACAGACAGCUGGAUUGACAGUGCGUGGCUCUUUGACGCUCUCUGCAGGGUUAGUAGUUUCGCUGUAAAACAGUGUCACUCUUAACACUUCUCCCAUAACAUACAAUAAAUCAUCUUUGCCAUGAAGAA